AUGGAAAUGGAGUACCGGGUCCAAAGUUCUUCUAAAUUGCUGCCAAGUGUUAUUUCGACUUUGAUGCGAGUAAUGGAAUCAAAUCCGUAUGCAAAGUUUUUCCGUUCAUUAAAAGACCAGCAUAUUAAUGACACCAGUCAGAUAGUGAUUCGUUCAGACCCCAACCAUGAUCAGCGUACUCAUAACGCCCCAGUUGCAUCCCAAGUAGCCGCUAUUUGGGUUGAAGAUGGUGGUUCGUCACAACCACUAACUCAUGAUAUUAUCGUACGACCAUAUUCAGGUUCAAGCCAACGUGUAUGUCACUAUUAUGGAUGUUACGAUCCUCUACAAUACCCUGUUAUAUUCCCUUACGGUGAAACUGGAUGGCAUCGAAAUAUAUAUCGUAGUUCCAGUGGUCGUCAACAUCGACAGAGAUGUUCAACAUUUCCUAUCAAUGAAGUCUUAGUCCAAACUAUUGAUGAUUUAGUUGAAGCUGAAGAACAAGUUGCUCAAUCUUCUUCAUCGAAUAGAAAGGUUUCUUGUAGAGAAUAUUAUUGCUAUCAAUUCCAAAUCCGAAUUGGACAAACGUCACUUUUGCUUCGUUGUGGACGACUACUUCAACAAUUUAUUGUUGACAUGUACAUUAAAAUUGAGAUGACCCGUCUUGAUUUUAUAAGGUGCAAUCAAGAUACUAUUCGUGCUGAACUCUAUCAAGGAAUAAUUGAUAGUUUACAUCUUGGAGAAACCGAAGGGUCCAAUAUUGGACGCCCUUUUAUUCUCCCUCCAUCUUUCAUAGGUGGUCCACGAGACAUGCGUCGUAGAUAUCUUGAUGCAAUGGCUUUAGUGAGACGUUAUGGAAAACCAGACUUCUUUAUUACGAUGACGUGCAAUCCUCAGUGGCCAGAAAUUAAAAGAGAAUUGCUCCCCCAUGAAGAAGUACAAAAUAGACCAGAUCUUAUAUCCCGAGUCUUCAGAGCGAAAUUGACGAAGUUGAAAAAAGAUAUUGUUGAGGGAAAAUUGUUUGGUAAUGUUGCGGCAUUUGUAUAUGUAGUUGAAUUCCAAAAACGAGGAUUACCACAUGCUCAUUUUCUUAUCAUAUUGGAUUCGAAAAGUAAAAUUCGAAGUCCGGAUCAAUAUGAUGCUUAUGUAUGCGCUGAAAUUCCUGAUAGAUCAUUGAAUCCUCAUAUUCAUGAAGCUGUUUUGAAACAUAUGAUGCAUGGUCCUUGUGGCAGAGAUAAUCCGAAAAAUGUUUGUAUGAGAGAUGAUAGUUGCAAGAAUAAGUAUCCUCGUAACUUUGCGGAGAUAACAACUAAUGGUCGCAAUUCCUUUCCUAUUUAUCGGCGUCGUGAUGAUGGCAGACAAGCUCGGAUACGUGGAGUACUAUUGGAUAAUCGAUGGGCUGUCAAGUAUUUAUAUAAAUAUAUUUAUAAAGGACAUGAUCGUGUAUUGUUUGCUGUUACCAAUGCAACAAAUACAAAUCGUGCUGAUGAAAUUAGUGCAUAUCAAUCUGCAAGAUGGAUAUCACCUCCGGAAGCUGCUUGGCGAAUUUUCAGAUUUCUUCUCAAUGAUAUAUAUCCAAACAUCGUUUCCCUACAAGUACAUCUUCCAAAUAUGCAAACCGUGACAUACAGAUCAGAAGAACGUCUGGAAGAUAUAGCUGAGAAUAACAGUAGAAGAAGAACCAUGUUGACUGCUUUCUUUGAAAGAAAUCGGACUGGAUCGAAAUUCUGA